AGCAGACACAUGUUCCCGCUGACAUGUCGGCGGUUCACGGAGGAUAAACCGGCAGCUAGCUAGCAGCUAACUCGACACCGAUCCGCAGGACCGUGUGGUCUGGAGCGGACCUCCGAGGCGAGCAGCGUCCCCCCCCCCCCCCCGCUCGUCUGGCGGCCGCAGACCUCGUCACAUGUCUGAGCUGCCGGCCUUCAGCUAGUCUGAAGGUUGGAUCUGUCCAAUGACCUGCCAGUCAUCAGAGUCCACCGAAACCAUCGAGAGCGACAGGCGGGCCGACAGCAACACCAGGACUGUGGAAUCAGAUGAGAGCCGCAUCGCCUUAGCCAUGAAAGACCUGAAGAACACAGGCUGGUACUGGGGCAGCCUGACCGCCAACGAGGCCAAAGAGAUCCUGCAGGACGCGUCUGAGGGCACCUUCCUGGUGCGAGACAGCUCUCAGAGGGAUUACCUGUUCACCAUCUCCGCCAUGACGUCGGCGGGUCCCACCAACCUGCGCAUCGAGUACAAACACGGCAAGUUCAAGCUGGACUCGGUGGUUCUGGUGAAGCCGAAGCUGAAGCAGUUUGACAGCGUGGUGCACCUGGUGGAGCACUACGUGCAGUUGUCCCGGACCGGCGUCAAGCCGCCACCCGACUCUCAAUCCUCGGCGCCGACCAACAGCACGGUGCAGCUGCUGCUCACCAAACCCGUGUACACGGCCACGCCGCCGCUGCAGCACCUCUGUCGCAUCGCCAUCAACAGGAGCACCAGGCGGGUCCAGGACCUGCCGCUGCCCAACAGACUGAAGGACUACCUGACGGACUACGCCUACAACGUGUAGCAGCUCGCCUCACCUGUGGAGGAACAUGAGUGCAUCAGCUGACCACUGUCCAAUCCCAUCAUGCCCUGCUGCCGCAGCACGGACAUGCAAUAAUCAGCGGUGAGUCCGCGGCGCUGAGAUUUCCCACCCUGACAGGAGCCUGAAUGUGUCGGCUGGAGAAACAAAUGAUUGUGUUUCUGACAGCAGGCGCCGCAAAGUUAAAACAGGAAGUUGUUUCAGCUCUGACACAGGAAGUAGACGCUCGCUACACGCUGCAGGAUGCAGCUGGAUGUAGUUCGGACCCGUCGGUGCCGCGUGGUGCGUUCACUGACCACAGCGACCGCUGCAGACCAGAACUACAUGUGUAACUAUGAUUGACAGUUUAAAGGUUCGCUCACAUUACGUUUCAGUUUAAUGAAACUUCCUGUUUCUGAUACAGAUAAUAAAUAACUAUUGAUCAGAGAGCGAGAGCGACGCUACAGUUGCAGUCUGAUAAUGCACUAAACAUCAAACACGCUGAGCAGAGUUUCUAUUGGCUGAAGUUGAGCUCUGAGCAGCUGGAGGUCGUUCAGCACAACCAGAACAGAGCGAAGUGUAAUGUGACCAAACCUGAACACGCCGUCUGCGGCCGUCAAUCAGAUUCAUUCAAGCUUUCAAAUUUUUAGUUUUUGCACGACGUGUAAAAUAUCUGUCAACUUACGAGUCGAUCCCGUUAACUGAGAGGUGACUGUGUUGCCUUCACAUCAUGAUGGAUAGUUGGAAAAAUGGAAGAUUCCCAUGUUGAGUCGUACGAGGGUUUAAAACACAGAUGUUACUUUAUAUCCAUUAAAUUCCUGUUUUAAUUACACGCGAGACAUCGUUUGGUUUGCUGAGUCUGAAAUAUGUUGAAAUUCUAAUAACUCUGAUAUGAGAUGAACGCAGCUGUGACUCCAGAUGUUUCAGUGACUUUAAUCUACGAGAGGAGACGGACUGAGAAGGACUCUGACUGUCUGGAACAGUUUACAGCGGUCUGACGUCAGAAGUUAAGACGUCAUUUUCUCGGUGCGUCUGUUCAAACUGAAUAAUAUAUAAAUGUUUUUACGGUUCUAUGAGUCGCUCAGGAACAAUAAUCCAACAACAAAUAAAACCAGAUCUGAUCAUAUUUUUGACCGAUAUUCACUUUUUACACAAACAUGUUUAACCAUCUGACACGUUGAGCUGAACCUCAGAUCCUGAUGGACGAUGAUAUCUGAGAAUCAUCUGCUGCAGCGGGAGUCACGUUUAACGUUCAGUUACAGACGUUUGAUUCAUCAAAAGUCACAGAAACAACAAACUGACAAAGUUUCUGUCCUGUGGACUGAAACUCUUAACAGAAAGUUUAAUUUAUAUAUUUAAUUCAAAUUAACUUUAUUUCUUCAGCAAAGUUACACAAACCAAAAGGUAGAAGGAGGCGAUUAGUGCAGCUAAUUAUUAUUUACAUGAUCAAUUCAUCUGCAGAUUAUUCUCUUGAUGAAUAUUUCACAGUUUAUUUUUAUAAAUCAACAAGUUUCUUUACAUG